AUGGCCACACCAAUUAUUCUGUCACGUGAUUCGGUGACGGUGUCGGUUGACGCGGUUAUAUACGCGAGGAUCUUUGACGCCGUGAUAUCGAUUUGCAACGUGGAGAACGUGCACUCGUCGACGCGCCUCCUGGCGGCAACGACGCUCCGGAACGUGCUGGGAACCAAACAACUCUCGGAGAUUCUCACGGACCGCGAGAUUAUCGCGCAGCAGAUGCAAACCAUCCUGGACCACGCCACGGACCCCUGGGGAGUGAAGGUGGAGAGAGUGGAAGUGAAGGAUGUCCGACUUCCGGUUCAGAUGCAGAGGGCCAUGGCGGCGGAAGCUGAAGCCACUAGGGACGCGAGGGCCAAGGUGAUCUUGGCGGACGGAGAAAUGAAGGCCUCCCGAUCACUGAAGGAAGCCGCCGACAUCAUGAGCCAGUCGCCUUGCGCCAUGCAGAUCCGGUACCUGCAGACGCUCAACUCGAUCGCCGCCGAGAAGAACUCGACCAUCAUUUUCCCGCUGCCCAUCGAUUUGCUAAGCGGACUGAUGAAGAAAUAA